GAGCGCUCAUUUAGACAUCGUUUAUAUAGACAAAUACAAACAUAUAAAUUAACAAAUAUGGACAUAAGGUUUACACUUCUCACCAUUUUACUAGUUGUCGUUAGUUUGACUUAUACCAAUGCUUCGUGUGAGAUAAACGGCGUUACUUAUCAAAAAGGAGAUAAAUUUACUCACCCGGAGGAAGGAUCGGAUCAAUGUAAAGUGUGUGUUUGUUGUGAAGAUGGAAGUUUUACAUGCACACAGAGAAUUUGUACUGUUCCACUAUGUGGUGUAAAUAAACAGAUAAUGGACGAAGAUGGGUGCUGUACGGUGUGUAAACCUGAAUGUGAUGACGCAGCCGCAAGCUGUCCAGCUCUAGACUGUCCGGUAUCCAGGCAAGCGUUCCUGCCAGAUGCGUGCUGUCCUUCCUGCGGUUGUGCGUUACCAAUUGAGGCAUUUCCUGUUGCAUCUGUUCCAGUGGGAGGGUUUGCUGCAUGUGAUAGAUGUACAUGUUAUGAGAAUGGUACGUUUUCUUGUAAUAAUGAUGGGAUACCUGAACCCUUCCUUGAGUGUGUGAAUCCUCGAGCCACAAAGACUGGGAAGAAAAAAUGCAAAUUUGAUUGUCCAGAUGAUUACACGUGCAGACGUUCUAACGUGUUGUUGAAGAAAGGAGAAUUUACAAAGAUUGGCUUUAACUAUUGUACAUGUCAUCCCAAAGUCUGGUUUCCCAGAGGUUUUUGUAUUUAUCCGAGAUUUAUGGACAGUGACAAGGAUUUAAGAGUUCUGCAGGAAGACAAAUGUGUGGCUACACCAACACUGGACGACUUGAACGUAGUUGACAUUAGAUAUAUUAACUAUUUGGAUUAUUUUAGAAACAUAUAAACAUUUCAUACUGACCGCCGACGACACAACUUAAAACUUCUAAUGAAACUGACUACUAACUUCGGUUUUGUGAUAUCCAGAUUUUAAUAGAUCAUGUAAUAAAUAUCGAAUUGU